CGUAGUAUUAUUCACUUGUCAAAGGUACGUGUCGCAAGCCUAAGGCCUGAAUGUCACGCGGCGCCGAACUUGUAAGGGGGAUGCAUUGCAUGAUUGCCACGCUGUUUGAGAAAAUCGUUCAUAGAAUCCAAUCGUGAAAAUUCGCAAGUAAUCGAGGGAAAAUGGCAGCUGGUGCAGUGGAGAAAAGCGCUGCAUUGUCGACGGAGGCCCCGCUUGCUCCGGUGACGAUUGAGCGUCCGGUCCGGACUGAUUUGGAAACCUCUAUCCCGAAACCCUAUAUGGCAAGAGCAUUAGUUGCUCCAGAUACAGAACAUCCCAAUGGAACUCCAGGACACGUGCAUAACAACUUCAGCGUUCUUCAGCAACAUUGUGCUUUCUUUGACCAAGAUGACAAUGGAAUUGUUUAUCCAUGGGAGACGUAUGCUGGAUUUCGCCAAAUUGGGUUCAAUAUGAUAGUAUCUCUUGUAGCUGCUAUCGUCAUUAAUGUGGGGUUGAGUUACCCUACACUUCCUGGUUGGCUACCUUCUCCUCUCUUUCCUAUAUACAUACAUAACAUACAUAAGGCGAAGCAUGGAAGUGAUUCUGGAACCUAUGACACGGAGGGAAGGUACUUCCUCAUGAAUUUUGAGAACAUGUUUAGCAAGUACGCCCAGACAGUACCAGAUAAGCUUACCCUUGGAGAACUGUGGAAUAUGACCGAAGGCAACAGACAAGCAUUUGACAUCUUUGGAUGGUUUGCAAGCAAGAUGGAAUGGGGGAUUCUAUACGUCCUAGCUAGGGACAGUGAUGGUUUCCUUUCUAAGGAAGCAAUUAGACGCUGUUAUGAUGGAAGUUUGUUCGAGUAUUGUGCUAGGAUGCAGAUGGAAGCAGAGGAGAAUAAGAUAAAAUGAGUUGUCCAAGUCGUUGCUUGGCGUAUAAGGUGCAAGUCACUCGAAGACUUUUAUUAUGUGUAAUAGCUCGUGAACAUUUCUUUAAUAGUUUGUCCAGGACACAUUGUUGCUUGAUCAAUAAGACUUGGUUUACAAGUAUUUUGUUAUCAUGUCAUGAAAGUAAUCAAAUCAUUUUUAUGUUGA